UUGGGUAACAACAAAGAAUGGAGGAGAGACGGGAGAGAGAGCGCAAGAGCAUGUUUUGCCUCGAAGGCAACACUUGCAGCCAAUCAGCGCACUGGAGCCUCCCUCUCAGACUCCACUAUUGAGUCUAUAACCGGCUGGCCGGGCGGAGCUGGCAGUAUUUGACUGUGGCUUGGGACGCGACGAGAGGCGCGCGGCGACUGCGGGACGGACAGCAAUGGUCUGAGCGCCCCUUGGCCACCCCCUCCCCCGAGACGCGGCCGGGCCCACCCCUCACCCUCCGGACACACACCCCCGCCUCGUCUCCAGCGCCUCCCCAGCUCUCUCGCCGGCGCUCCUCUUCGGAGGCCAGCACGGGGAAGGCGCGGCGGCCGCCAGGAUGAGUGGCUCCUUUGAUCGCAAGCUCAGCAGCAUCCUCACCGACCUCUCCAGCUCGCUUAGCUGCCAUGCAGGCUCCAAGGACUCGCCCACUCUGCCUGAGUCCUCUGUGACCGACCUGGGCUACUACAGCGCGCCCCAGCACGACUACUACUCUGGGCAGCCGUAUGGCCAGACCGUGAACCCCUACACCUACCACCACCAGUUCAAUCUCAACGGGCUUGCAGGCACUGGCGCUUACUCGCCCAAGUCGGAAUAUACCUAUGGAGCCUCCUACAGGCAAUACGGAGCAUACCGGGAGCAGCCGCUGCCUGCCCAGGACCCAGUGUCGGUGAAGGAGGAGCCGGAAGCCGAGGUGCGCAUGGUGAAUGGGAAGCCCAAGAAGGUCCGAAAGCCGCGUACCAUCUACUCCAGCUACCAGCUAGCAGCCCUGCAGCGCCGUUUCCAGAAGGCCCAGUACCUGGCGCUGCCGGAGCGCGCCGAGCUGGCUGCGCAGCUGGGCCUCACGCAGACACAGGUGAAAAUCUGGUUCCAGAACCGCCGCUCCAAGUUCAAGAAGCUCUACAAGAACGGGGAGGUGCCCCUGGAGCAUAGCCCCAACAACAGUGAUUCCAUGGCCUGCAACUCACCACCGUCACCUGCCCUCUGGGACACCUCCUCCCACUCCACUCCGGCCCCUGCCCGCAGCCAGCUGCCCCCGCCGCUCCCAUACAGCGCCUCCCCCAGCUACCUAGAUGACCCCACCAACUCCUGGUACCACGCUCAGAACCUGAGUGGACCCCACUUACAGCAACAGCCGCCUCAGCCGGCCACCCUGCACCACGCCUCCCCUGGGCCCCCGCCCAACCCUGGGGCUGUGUACUGAGCACCCCGCCUGGCCUGAACUCCCCACGAAGGACCCCCGGGACCAGGCAGAAGGCAUCUCCGUCCUAGCUGACACUCAGGAACCCUCGAGGAGCACAGGGGAAAGCGCACCUCCUUUCCCCCUCCCUUGUCCCUCUCUCCAGGGACUCAAGCGCUUCCAGAAGAAAUUCGCAUGGACCAAGGAUGGCCCCUGAGCCUCCCACUCCCUGCCCAGGUACUGGAGCGCCCCUCCAGAUAUUGGGGUAUUCCACUCCAGCUGGGACAGCUGUUCCCGUUCUGCUCCAGGAGCCUGGAUCGGCUUUAAAUGAUGGCUCAUCGCCUUUCAGUUUCUGAAACUUAGUACCUGUGCCCUGCACUGGCCACCUAGGGGAUAGGGGAGACUGUGGAGCACGCGCAGGAUGCUCGUGGGCUGGGGCACCAGGCACCGUGGGAUCCUGGAGCCUCCCAGUCCUGGUUCCUCCUAAGCUAUUUGUGACCUUCCCCUUCCCCAGCAACCCCUCUGCCAAAAAGACAUUGGACAUUGUGACUGGGACUCAGGGGGAGGGACCUGAACCGCCCCCCCCCCCGCACUUCUAGCCCUCAUUUAAGAAUUGAGGGUUAAACCAAAGAAACCCCCCCACAUGAGAGAAGCGGUUUAUAUUUGUGGCUUUAGAGAGAAGAACGAAAGGAGGCUUCUCUCUCCUCUCUCGGCCUCUGUUCUGGGGGAGCUGGAGGGGAAAGUCUCCAAUGUCUUGCCUAAGGAUCUGUUUCUUCUUCUGUGUACAGGACUUUGCACAACUUUGGUUUUAAAAGCUGUUGAAAAAUAGGAAAACAAAGGGCAUUGUUAACAGAUAGGGCCAAAUCUCCUCUUAAGCGGGCACCUCUGCUCCGCCCCUACCCCCCUCCCACCUCUUCCUCUCCUCCAGUAAGUUGGCAGUUUGGGCGCCAACCCCCAAAGCUCCAAAGAGACAUACUAGGCAAGACAGACCCCCAACAUUCCCUUUCUGAUGGUCUUGGAAGCAGAUUAUUCCCAGCGAGUUGGAGAACGUCGGGUGAGGUGCAUGGGACAGAGGGGGAGGGUUAUAUCUCUGGUGCCUUUAGGGGUGAGGGAGCGGCUGUCUCUUGGGACUGCUCCUCCCUCGCCCAGACGUCCCCCCAAAGCUAACCCUCCUCCACCCCCGAUGUGGUAAAACAUGGAAGCAAAGACGAGGUGGACGACUGGAGCUAUAUAUAUAGUAUGUAUUUUUUUAAGAGCAACAGAGAGAAGUAGCCUCCUCCCUACUGUGGUUUCCUAUUUAUGUGACCCUUUCCUCCUGGACCGAGCUGCAUUGCAAGUUAGAGAGAGUGGGAUGUGGGCUCCUGCUGGAUUUGGGGUUGGUGGGAAGUACAGGAGUGGGAAGAGGCAAUGGGUCUCGAAGAGUCCCACUUCAAAGGGACAGGAACGAAGCCAGCUCCCACCCCCUCCCAGCCUUCCCGUUUCUGCUUUCUUACUGGACCCAUCUUUAUAUAUAACGUUAAUAAAAAAAAAAAAGAAGAGAACAACCACUGAGUUCUUUGAAUUGGAGACUAGUGGCAGGCAGCUCUCAGAGGAGGGCCUGGGAGUUGGGGAAGGUGUUUGGGAGUGAAGGAAAUCUGAACCUCCAGCAGCUCCUAGGGGUGUCACACGGCCCUGGCAACUCACUGCUGGGGCUCUGGGCUGGGCUGGGCCUGACCCCAGGUGGUAGAUGCUCCUCCUGACUGCAUGGCUGCCCUCAACCUGGGCAGGUCUAGGUGGGUGUGAGGC